UCUCUCUCUCUAAUUUUCGCAGCCAUGAACCACUUCAUUCAGCAAAGAAAUGCAAUCCUAAGGGAGAGGACGGUAAAGUGUCCGGCCUCGCCCAACCCUAGCACAGCCAAACCCCGGCAGUCGCGGAAGCAGAGGGGCUCCGAGGAGAACGCUCCGCCGUCGGAUCCGAUCUCAUUGCCCCCGAUUCCGAAGCACUCACAAGCGAUCUCCUCCGCCAAGUUGAAGAGCCCGCUCCCGUCACGACUGCCGUCGUCGAACCCUCUCAAGAGAAAGCUGAGCAUGGAGACGGCUCUCGAGAACUCCGUAAUUGGAACCUGCGAAUCUGGUGUCCAGGGAUCUGAAGCAAGAAGAUGGGGCUGACAUUCACGAAGCUUUUCAGCCGGCUUUUUGCAAAGAAAGAGAUUCGCAUCUCUAAUGCUUGGUCUUGAUGCUACUGGUAAGACCACCAUUCUCUACAAUCUCAAGCUUGAUGAGAUCGUCACAAGAAUUCCUACCAUUGGUUCGUCUUGCAUUCUCUACUAAUUUAUGGACUGUUGUAGAAUGCUUAAGUUUGAGGUUUUCUCUGUUCACAUUUUGAAGGUAUGUUCCUA